UCCUACUUGAAAUAAUCCUACUUGCAGUCAAUCAGCCGCUCAAAGCCGGCCGUUUGAAGGCCAAGGCAGUGCUUGAUCUGCUCUCUUUUACUGGAUUGACUUUCCUAGGCCAAAGGAGCACAUAUCGGCGAUCAGUGGCCAUUCUGCUCUCCCGGUCGGCAAUGGCUGAGGUGCUUUCGACGCUAGCUAAGGUUUAUCUUCUUUGUAUUCCCUGAAGCUCCGGUGCUGGCGGUAUUCCAUCAAUCCUUUCUCUGUUACCGAGUCGCCUCACCUCCUCUCCCCUUAAGACUCAAUUUGGUUUCGUUGGCUCGUUGGAAAUGUCGAUCUCUGGGGACCCGGCCUGGGCCGGGAAGAAGAUCUCGAAGAGGCUUGGAGGAAUGGCUGAAGCCCUCUCCAUCGCAACUGAUCUAGGGUUCUCUAUCCCUCCUGUUGAGGAAGAGCUAAAGUCUUCUUCAAGCUCCUCUAGUGACAAAAGUGAUGACUUGAUUAGGGUUUUAAGAGAGCUUACUGUUGUUCAGAGAAAUAUUGCAAAUUUGCAAGUCGAACUUCAAGGAAGGAAGGAUGAUAAGAAUGUGGCACAUCUUACUCAUGUGAGCGAAAUGGAGAAGAAGUGUGAGUCAUUGGCUAGAAUUACAACAAUACUGAAAGGUGUUAUCCAAAAUAAGGAUCGCAUUAUUGCCAGACUUCAGCAGCCUUAUUCUUUAGAUUGCAUUCCAGUGGAAGCUGAAUAUCAGAAACAAUUUUCAGAACUGCUGCUGAAGGCAGCAAGCGACUAUGGAGCUUUAACCGCAUCAGUUGCUGAUUUCCAAUGGAGCCAGAAUUUUAGGGAAUCACCAUCAAUAUGGGGGGAAAUGCUUCGACCAAUCCCAGUAGCUUUGGCAUCAUGCACUCGUUACUUUGAGGCAAUGUCUGCAAUGAGAGAGUCCUUUGCUACCUUGCAAAAUUACCGAGUGGGACCUCCAUCAACUCCAGUGACCCCGAGCAACUCAUCAGUUGAUGAAUCCAAGUACUUCGCUUCCUGACAUAAUUAUGUUUAUUUUUUCCUUUGCCAUUCUAAAAGUGUGAGCUAGAUUUUUGUACCCUUCGAGUUAUCUAAUUGUUUCGAUUAAGAUUCAAUUAGUUAUUCUUGUACACGAUAUGGUUGCAGGCUUAGGACAUUUUAUGAAUGAUUGUUGAUUUAUGCAGACUAUUGUAUAUUUACUUCAGUUUAUAGUUGUAAAUCUUUCUAAGAGUUA